CGAAUUUGCCUUCGGAAAUACUUCGGGAACCUCCGCAACCUGCCGUAGGUUGGGAAUGUCCCACGUGCACGUACUUGAACUCCCCGUCAAGGCCUGGGUGCGAGAUGUGCUCAGCAGGUAGACCACAAGAAUAUCACAUUCCUGACGAUUAUGUCCCGGAUGAUAGAGAGAGAGUAAGACUGCAACAAGCGGAAUUUGGAGAACAGUUAUUACUUGAGGUAGGAUGACGUCAUUGCGUUUGAUAACAUACUGCUCUUGUCCUCUCCUGUUGUAAUGAUAGAGCCAUUUAUACGAGCGAAAACAAAUUUCGCAAAGUACCUGCCUCCCCGGUAUGUAUCUGCGAAAAUUCACUCAACUCACAAUAAAAAAUCACUAAAAUCUCAGACUAUAAAAAAUAUAUUGAUAAGCUCUCGCUGUUGUUUUUUCCGCUCUCAUACAUAAUUAGUAUUCCAUGUGCUCGCGUGUAGCACACGCGAGAUGUCCACGCAAUUAACCGUUCAGUUCUAUAACAAACGUACUUGCAGGGAGGUGAGUCCGGGAUUGGACGCACCGAGGGUGGCUGGAAGUUUCCCGAACUUACCGAGCGAAGCGAGGUGAGUUCGGGAAACUUCCAGUCACCCGAGGUGCGUCCAAUCCCGGACUCACCGAACCUGCAAGUACGUUUGGUUUUUAUCCCAUACACCGAGCCAUACACACAUUUGUAGCUCUUCGCGAUAUAUUCGUCGAUGUUUUGUGAACAUUUCCCCGGCCAAAAAAAUCACUGGGCAAGAAAAUACUUCUUUAUCUACGUCUACAUUACCUUUACUGCAUUUUUUCUUUGGUUUUUCUUCAGUCUCAGUAUGUUAGUCACCGAAAAAAAGUUCUUUAAAGUUUAGGUUUAUCGGCUAAAUCUUGUCCGCCAUAUUUGUUAUUGUUAUUGCAACGUAAGCAGUUUAGCGGGUGAGUUCGGCAAAAAGCAGGUGAGUUCGGCAAAAAGCAGGUGAGCUCGACGACAAGCUCACUUGCUCUAAACCAAUCAGAAAGCCGCUUUUAACACAGGUAUGGGAUAACGACACAAGCCGUGGCCGCAGCUUGAAUAAGUCGUGAACUCGACUCGUAUAAACAGUCAACUUAUUCCCAAGCCCCGCGGCUAAAAUAAGCCCAGUGUUGAAAGCUAGGGCUGUUUAUACGAGUCGUUCACGACUUAUCUAAGCCGCGACUUAUAGAUGGCCGUAAUAAGGAAGAACAGUUUAGAACUGAUAGAGCUAUGCAAUAUAAGUAAGGUUAGAAUUUUUAUUCUCUGACAACGGGCUUUGCUUAAAACGUCGGAAUUCUCUUGUUUCAGGCUGGCGAUACAAAACACGUCAAUAACUAGUAAUAAUUUCAUUGACAUCAAUAUUAGUGACACAGAUGCGAUAUUUCACGACGCACGACUGUCCAGAAAGCUUGAUGCUCACAACACAUGUUAAGGCACAUUUCCACUCAAAACAAAUUUCCAUGGACAGAAAAAUUUCCGAAAAUGUCAUUGUAAAAAAUUUGAAAAUUUUCAUCAAUCACAUUUUACAAAAUGUUCUUUCUGCGGAAAAUUUUCCUGAGUGGAAAUGGGCGUUUAGGUUCAUUGUGUUGGACUUUGUACUAACAACUGCCGGUUCACCAUUUUCAGCUGCACGACAGACAUUGUCCAGUGAGAUCCACGUAGUCUGCAGGUCAUGCGCGGUUGGUUCUUGCUGGCCUUAACAUCCAGGAUCCGACGUUUGAGCAAAAUUCAUUUCCAAAACAUACCACUCCAGAUAUUUACUGAGUUCACUGCAUAGAACUAAUUGGUGGUUUGCUUGUUCUUUGCAGGAGGUUACCGCCACGCAAGAACAUUCCGCCUCUGACCAAUCAUAACUACAUUUCUCCUCCAAGGACACAGAAUGAUAUAAACUAAGAUAUCAAAUAAAAUAUAAGUAAAGCGUUUUCUAGCUAUAGUAGCACGAGUAUUGCUACCCAAACAAGUUAAUACUUAAUGUCUUUUAUUAUUGUGUAUUCUUAUAAAGUAAUUUUUGUCUUGAAAUAUAAUAUUAUUAUGGAACAUUGCAAACAGUGUGUUGUUAUCACUUGUAUUGACCAAUAAUGAAGUAAAAUGUCGUUUGAAGGAAAACGACGAACUGGACCUUACUAGCAAAGCUGGCACAAACCCCCAGUCGCCUGGUGUACGUGUUAAAAUUACGAGGUUUCGAACAGGACACUAGUCCAUCACACAUCCUCAAAAAAGGCACACAUUAGCUCACAACUAAGUGAACUGGAAUAUCAAUGGAGAAACCUAGCUCGAAAUAUAAUUCAUUAUUCCCUCAACGAGCCAACACUGGUUAACCCAUUAGUACAUAUCAUUGGGUUAACUCCAUGUUGGUUUUCUGAGACUUAAUUUUACCCACAAGAAUUCUCUAACAUCCGAAGUGUAUGGAUUUGUAACUAGAUCAAUUAACGCAAUCAGGCUGCAUCUUUUACUAAAAUCUAGAGUGAACUUAUGUUGAGAACAAAAAGUUGGUUGUUCUCAGGAAAUUUUGUGCUCGUUGAUGCCUCUGAAAUGCUUUCAAUUGUAAUAUGGCUUAAAAGCAGCAAAAAGCAGUAGGCCUGGAAUAGAUGCCGAAGUUUCUACGAGAAAGUUUCUUGAAAAUGGUUGAACUGACGUUUACAUAUAUAACAUAUUGCAUAACAAUAGCACCAUCCAGUUAUGAACCAGUAAUAUGAAAGUUUUAUUGUCUUUUCAAUGUUUUGAAAAUCCCAUUGUUCUCCAUGCCAUCCAGUCACUCGUUGUUUUGAUGUAUUUGUGAGGUUAUGCAAAAGGCUUAUUGUUUACGCUCUUUCAGGAAGAGGAAAGACAGAAACGUUCAGCAAUGGAAGAACGGGAUCGUAAUUUCCAGCAACAUAUGUCAGUUGCACUUCGUCAACCACUCAUUGCAAAUCAAGAGGAGACCGAGUGUCCUAUAUGUUUUGAUACCAUCCCUGUUGGAGAAGGAGUGGUCCUUCGAGAAUGUCUGCAUAUUUUUUGCAGGUAAGUUUCGGAUAUGGAAUGCAACUAUAUAUCCAGCAAAAAUCAAACCUGCGACUCUGGUACAGUGCCCUAACCACAGAGCUACAGAGUCCUGUUACGAAGAGGAAUUCAUGUUUGUCUUCGCAAUAAGUAUCUUUUCUUUCUUGUAUUUUCUAUUAUAUUUUGAACUUUUUUCCUCCAUAGGGAGUGUCUUGCUGAACAUAUUAAAGCAUCACAAGAACCCGAGGUCCAAUGUCCUUAUGAUAAUGGAGACUUUCAGUGUCAUGAUGUUAUCACAAAUCAAGAAAUACAGGAGGUGAGAGGAUUCCUGUUCAAUCCGACAAUACUAAGGAAGCAAGGAGAAAAUGGCUAUAGCGUGGUCCAUCGAACUGGAUGUACUCGAACACUUCUCGUUGAUUCUAAUUUAAAAGAUCACCUUAACCUUUCUAAUUUGUCUUCAAAUCAAUCGUUAUAAUUAUUUCCCCAUCGUAUCUGCUGUCUCGCAAAUGUUGGUCAUCUUUUUAUUGAAUGUCUCCACGCUAACUUGACUGAAUCUUUCUCAACACUUUAUCCUGGACAUCUUCUCCUCUUAGUUUUUGUACCUCCAGAUCUUUUGAUACAAUAUCUCUCCAUUUCAUCCUUCGUCUUUAAACUGUUCGUCGAAUUUCUAUGGAAUGUCUCCAUGAUAACGUGUCUGAAUCUUUCUCCUCUCUUCCCCUAUCUUCUCUUUGUCAUCGGCCUGAAUCUUCGACCAAUUUCUAUUUCAAGCUGCUGAAUGAUGAAGAUUUUCAGAAGUAUUUGCAACGUAGUUUGGCAACGGCUGAGAGUCAGGAGGCUAACAGUUUUCACUGUCAAACACCAAACUGUCAUGGCUGGUGUAUUUAUGACGAUGAAGUGAAUGAUUUCGAUUGUCCAGUGUGCCAGCAGAGAAACUGUUUGACCUGCAAGGCCAUUCAUUUCCCAGUGAACUGUAAGGAAUAUCAGGAUGAUUUAAAGAGAAACGCAGCGAACGAUGAAGCGGCUAAGAAGACUCAGGAAUAUCUUGAGGUAAGGGGGAGGUAGAGGUAAGGAUGUAGGGAGAGGUAAGGGGGAGAUAAAAGAGAAGGGGAUGAACACAGAAUGUGGGAGAGGGUCUAAAUUGAAGUAGGUUGGAGAGGGGGUUAGGCGAUGAGGCAGCUAAGAAGACACAAGAGUACCUUGAGGUAAGGGGGAGGUAGGGGGAUGAACACAGGGUGUGGAAAAGGAAGAUGGUCGAAAUUGAAGUGGGUUGGAGAGGGGCCGGGCUAGGAACAUAGGCGCACACCAAGAAUUGGAGUUGGGAUUUGGGUUGCGAUUGGAAAUAGGUUUGUAAGGAAUAGCAUAAAAGAAAUCUCUUUGUUGAAAUUGUGGUUGUUGAGUGUAUACUAUUUGUUUCCAGCAAAUGUUGCGGACUAAAGACGGCAUGAAUUGUCCUACGUGUGGAAUUAUUCUUGUCAAAAAGGACGGCUGUGAUUGGAUGAAAUGUUCAAUGUGUAAAACCGAAAUAUGUUGGGCUGUGCGUGGUCCGAGAUGGGGGCCAGGGGUAAGUCAUUGUCUUUUCUUUAUUAGGGUCUGCAUCUCCAAAUAUAAAUUUCGAACUGACAUCUUACAAAAUAUCUUACUGACAACUGGCCAAUAUGGCUUGAAGAUUAGGUUACAACUGACACCCAGAGACCCCUGCCAAGUCCUUUCCUUUUCUUCAUUUGAUGCGAUUGUUCUAUUUUGUUGUUUCUCACAGGGUCCUGGUGACACCAGCGGAGGUUGCAAAUGUCGCGUGAACAACGUACGAUGUGAUCCACAAUGCAAAAACUGUCAUUGAUGUCUCACGUGUUAGUCAGCAUUUAUUUAUACAAACAUCCAUUACACCUGUAAAAAUGGUAGAAGCGUAACAAGGAUAGUUCAGACGUUCUCUGGUUUUUAAUUUAAAGAUUUAUUAAACGAUUUAUUGUUCAUCACUUGCCCGUUGAAAACUGCAGAUUGGCAGUCGAAAGCUCGUUUUAUAAUAAAUCUUUAAAAACCAGAGAACGCCUAGAGAACGCCUAAACUAUAGACCCAUUGCACUGACGUCACAAAUCCUUAGAGUGUCCUCCAGAUGCUCCCUAACAAUAUCUGUUCGGGUACAACAACCACAUACAGCGCAAAAAUGAACCAUUUUAAUACAAAAUUUUUAUAAACUUUUGCAAAAUUUGCUUUGUUUACAAAAGUUAUAUGAUGCAUAGAUUGCUAAUUUGUCCUCCAGAUGCAUCGUCACCGGCGCUGUUACGUCAUGUGCAAUGGGUCUAUAUAAUAUCCAUUUACCAUAAGUGAUAUUUUUAUAGCCACGUUUAAUUUAGACUAACAGAAAUAAAUGCAAUGCAAACUUGCUGUCCGAUCUUAUUUUCUAACGUGUCACAAUAUUUGAAAGCGAAAUGGCAGGUGAUUUUAAAAGAACAUUUUUGCUACGUCAAUAAGUGCAAAAGUCUAUUUAUGGAUCGGGCAUGUUACACCUUUGCUUCCUAAAAUGGCAAUCAAGGGAUCCGUAAAAUAGACAAUUUUGUAGCAUCCUUAAAAAGUCAAAACAAUGGGUAAUUGAAUGAAGAACAGUGCCAGUGGAAUUUUCAAAACAAUAAGAAGGUAAUUAAUUAUUAAAAUUAAUGCAACAUUCCCAUAUUAUAAUCGAAGCGUGACUGGAU